AUGGGGCGUGUGAAGGUGCACGUGCGCUCGGACUUACCCUCGCCUCUGGGCCAUUAUUACCCUGAUUUUACAUACGGGCACGGUCACUGGAGCUCAGAGAGGUUGACGGGCUUGUCUGAGGUCACAAAGCUGGCAGCUGACAGAAACAGAAAUCGAGUCCUUACUAGACAGUCUCGUGGCACCUGGGCUGCUCCACGCCCCUGCCUGGGGCCUCUGCCGUCCACCGUCUCACCCGCCCCUGCUCUUCACCAUGUCCUCACCCUGACCUGGCUUCACCGUCCAGGAGCAGGAGAGGGAGACACCUCCACCGCCCGGAAGAGGAAGGAAGGGGGUGUGAGGUGUCGUUGUCACACAGCAUCACAAACCACCAAGGUCCUCGGUGACACACGACGGCGAUCUAGGCAUCCCUGCUCCGCGGGCUCUAGGCUUGCCCACGUGACUCGCUUAGGCCAGCGGGCACUGGGGAGAGUCCCACGUGAUGGUUCUGGGGAGAACGCGUCUGUUCCCAUCGAUGUCUUGCACUUUUGCCAUCGCCACGAGGAAAGGCUCCCUCGGAGCAGCUGCCGCCCCUUGAGCUGGGCCCAGAAUGCACACACCUGGGGUGGAGUCAUCCCUGAGCUCCGCAGGGAGAAGCUGAGGCUUCCAGCCACGCCCAGCCUAGAGCAGCGACUCCAGGCCAAGCGCGGACGCUGCGCGAGGCCAACUGAGUUCGGGGUACCCAUUCAGUUGUCUACAGGAGAUGUGGAUGAAAGACUGAGGACAAUGGCAGGAGUUCUCCAGCUUGGGGAAGGAGGAGGGACCACAAGAAAUGAUGCAUUAAGGAAAGCAAAGUCACUGGAUACUCACACUGUUCCGGAGGCCUCCAGUAUAGUUUCAAGGUUUUUCUCAAGAAAGACAAAGGCAUGGCGUCCCUUGCUGUGUGGCAGUUUGCAGGCAGAGUGACCCCUCUGUCUGUGGGCCCGGAGGGGCCCCAGAGCCUGGAGAGCAGGGUCCCUCUCUGGGCAGCGUGGCUGGGGCGCAGUACCACGGCAGACCCGCCAGGGCCGCAGACAGCAAACGCUGGGCUGCGGUUUCGUGGCUGGGCCUGGGAAGUGCUCUGCGCAUGGUGCUGUGUAAGCCGGCCGCCAUCAGCGCAAGAGAAGGGUCUUUUUCAGAUUUUGGGAAGCUGCUUCUGGACCACAGAACACCUUACCAGAAAGAUAAGGGGGGAUUCCCCGUGGCGUGUGGGGGUUUGCUGCAAGGCCUGUGAAUUGUGCCAAGUUGAGACUCCUCUUGUCCUGAGAAGUCCCCGUUUCACAUUCAAUAGCAUCAAAAAGAACUUAAAACAUUGUAUGGUAAGACCAA